UUUUGUACAAAUGUGGGCAUCCUGUUAACCACGUAUUCCCUGUCAAAUGCCAAUAAUGUGAUCAUAUUCAUUGACGAAAAAGAAACUCUCCCAAAAAAUAAGCCAAAUACCAAAAACUCAGAAAGGCCUCCUCAAAUAAACUGUGGUAAGAAGAUUGAGACUUGAAAGAAAGAAUAUCAUCUGUCAUCUGACGCGCAAAUGGCUUCCAAACUUAUGCACGCGCUUCAAUAUUCUGGCUAUGGUGGUGGAGCUGAUUCCUUAAAGCACGUUGAGGUUGCUGUUCCUGAUCCAAAGGCUGAUGAGGUAUUGGUUAAGAUUGAGGCAGCAACUCUGAAUCCGAUUGAUUGGAAGAUACAGGCAGGUGCUCUACGGCCCUUCUUACCCCGCAAGUUCCCCACAAUACCUGGAACUGAUGUUGCUGGGGAGGUAGUCCAGGCUGGAUCUGCUGUAAAGAGGUUCAAAACUGGUGACAAGGUCGUGGCCAUUCUUAGCCAUGCUAAUGGGGGUGGACUGGCUGAAUACGCCGUGGCAAAGGAGAACCUGACUGUUACCAGACCACCAGAAGUAUCAGCACCCGAUGGUGCAGCCCUACCUGUUGCUGCCCUUACUGCUCACCAAGCUCUCACCCAGGCUGCAAACAUCAAGCUUGAUGGAAGUGGUGAAAGAAAGAACAUAUUGAUCACAGCUGCAUCAGGGGGUGUGGGCCACUAUGCAGUCCAACUGGCAAAGAUGGGAAAUACGCAUGUAACGGCAACAUGUGGAGCUCGCAACCUAGACUUUGUCAAGGGCUUAGGGGCCGAUGAGGUUCUUGACUACAAGACCCCGGAAGGGGCGUCCUUAAAUAGUCCGUCAGGAAAGAAAUACGACUAUGUGAUCCAUGGUGCAAGUGGUAUCCCUUGGUCCACCUUUGAACCCAAUUUGAGUGCAACAGGUAAGGUGAUAGAUUUGACUCCCACCCCAAGUGCAAUGAUGACUUUUGCUUUGAAGAAGCUGACAUUCUCUAAGAAGCAGCUGGUUCCUCUGCUUUUGAUUCCAAAGACGGAAAACUUUGAUUAUGUGGUGAAUUUGGUGAAGGAAGGAAAGCUUAAAACAGUCAUAGACUCGAAACAUCCAUUGAAGAAAGCUGAAGAAGCUUGGAGUAGGAUAAUGAGUGGUCAUGCUACUGGGAAGAUUAUCAUAGAGCCUUGAAUAGAAUUUAUUGAUGUAGACAAUAUAGCUUGCUUGACUGUAAUAAACAUGUAAGUUUAUAAUGGUAUAUUUUCUUAUACUCCGUAAUUUGUUUAUAAACAUAAAAGUUAUACGGAGUACUUCCUAAUGAAGAAGUUAUUAGGUUUUGGGCAUAUACUAUUUUUGCCAACUUAUUUCUUGGUUAUAAACUUGUAUACUGUAAUCCUGUAUAAUUAACCUCUUUUUGAGUUUGAUGA